UCUUUCGUAUCUGGUAAAGCUCCAUUUCUUGAACCAACCCAAAGCACUUCAUCAUUAUUUUAUUCUAUUUUGAUUGCUUUUCCAAUAAAAUUGAAGCUUUCAAUGGUUCCCUUUCUGGGUUCAAUCCGCGCAAACCCUUCUUCUAUCACCUGUUUUUCCCCUUACAAGCGCCGAAUUUUCUUCGACAAGCCUGCAAUCUCUGUUUCCAGAUAUGGGUCUUCUCCAUUUCAGCGCCUUUUUCGAGCUUGCCUUGAGUCUGAUUCUGCAAAGGGAAAUACCAGAGUACAAUUACCCGUGGAGCAAUCUGAAAUUAUAUUUUUGGGGACGGGAACUAGUGAAGGAAUUCCACGUGUGAGCUGCCUAACAAAUCCUCUGAAGACAUGUCUGGUAUGCUCGAAAGCUGCAGAUCCCAGUAGUAAGAAUAGGAGGCUCAACACAAGCAUCCUUAUCCGUUAUCCUAGUUCCUCUGGAGGAUGUACCAUUCUUAUAGAUGUUGGCAAGUUUUUCUACCAUAGUGCUCUCCGUUGGUUUCCUACAUUUGGGAUAAGAACAAUUGAUGCGGUUAUUAUUACUCAUUCUCAUGCUGAUGCAAUUGGAGGUCUUGAUGAUCUUCGUGACUGGACAAACAAUGUCCAACCCCACAUUCCAAUUUAUGUAGCACCACGUGAUUUUGAGGUGAUGAAGAAGACUCAUUAUUAUUUAGUGGACACAAGCGUGAUCAUCCCUGGUGCUGCUGUCUCGGAGUUGCAAUUUAAUAUCAUUCAUGAGGAGCCAUUCAUUGUACAUGAUCUGAAGGUUAUCCCUUUACCAGUGUGGCAUGGCCCUGGUUACCGUUCCCUUGGUUUUCGUUUUGGUAAUAUUUGCUACAUUAGUGACGUUAGUGAAAUACCCGAAGAAACUUAUCCGCUUCUGAAGAACUGCGAAAUCCUUGUUCUGGAUGCUCUAAGGCCAGAUCGUUCUUCAGCAACACAUUUUGGACUUCCUAGAGCUUUAGAUGAAGUUCGAAAGAUCCAACCAAAGAGAACAUUAUUCACUGGUAUGAUGCACCUGAUGGAUCAUGAGAAAGUGAGUGAAGAUCUUGAGAAACUGAAGAAGACAGAGGGUCUGGAUGUGCAACUGAGCUACGACGGGCUUCGUGUGCCAUCUGAAUCUGUCUAUCAGCUAACUUGAAAAUGGAUCAAACAAUGAUCCGGAUGAACAAAGCUUGAAGACACAUACUUCUUAGCCUUCCCUUCUCCCUUCUCCUUCCACCUCUGGUUCAAUCAGUCCUGCCAUUUUCCUUCCAUGCUAGCUCCCUUCUGCAUAAACCCAAAACCGAUCGAUAAAAUGGUAGAUAUCUGAACAAUCAAUGGGAUUUCUUGUUAGGAAUAGAGAGGAAGAGGAACUUUCACAGUGAACCUUUGGAUAAUUCCAUUCAACUUCUGAAAUCAUCAUAUGGAACAUUGGCAUGGUUGCUGGAAAAGAAGAAAGAUGUACUUUUUGUUAUUUUUGUGAUACAUUUAGAAAUCUAGAGAAGUCCAUAUUACUAUCGAA